AUGCGCAAAGCGGGAGAAAACGAUGGGAAAGCUCAUGGCGGAAAUAUUGCAGUACCCAGGCCGAUUCUCAAGUCGGCUGAUUUCUCAAAUAAUUAUGAAGAAAAAGGCGAAGAAAAAGACAAUUCUAAGGCGGAAAAGAAAGAAGACGAGUCGGAAAGAGGAGGAUUUCUCCACAACGAACAGUUGAUUACGAUUUGUUUAGCAGCACUAGGAGUUACGUCAACGGGGCUUUUGAUGUGGAUCGCGAUUCAGCACUUGUACGGCAUUUAUACUGACUUCAAAAAGACAAUGGCUCCAGUUGGCUACCGUGAAUCAAGCUACGGCGAUGAGUUCGGCUGCCCAGAAGUUUGCUCAGUCAUGUCUGCUCGCAUGGCCGAUCGACCUCCAUCAUACGAGCAUUCGCAGCAACACUUUCAGAGGGAAAACUCAUGUCCGGCAGAUGAUAUUCCACCAACGCCUCUUCCUGCUACGAAUCCGCUUUCACCAAAUCCAGGUCCUUCAACAAGCGGCUGCGCACAUCACAGCAGACAACGCUCAACGGAAGAAAUGCUGCCGCCAUUACCGGACGAGGACGAUUCUGAAUGGGAAAUCAAUGAAAUUUGCCCAGACGAUGAUUUCGAAAGAUACUCAAACGCCUCCCAAGAAGAAUUUCGUGAACAAGAAAGAAGUCAUGAAUUCUUGCAAGACUUUGAAUCCGCGCCAGAGCUAGCAGAACUAGAAUUUAUUCAUCGACUUAUACGCGAGACAGGUGCUUCUCCAAAACGAGCGACAUCUUUCGCCCACUACGUCGACCGAAAAGUAGCUAACGAUGGCUCAAUAGUCCAAGUUAUCAAUGUCCAGAUCGAGCUCGACAAGUACUCAGCCACGGCUUCAAGUCCAAGGCAGGGCGUAGAAUUUGAUGAGUCCCUCGAUGAAGUCGCUGUUUUUAAAGUAAACAUGUAA